UUGUUGCACUUCUCUCGUUGUUGUUGUUGUCGUCUUUCAACGUCAAGCCCUACCGCCGGGUCCACCCCUGACGCAUUAACAACAUGGCAUCCGCUGCGGACCAAAUAACGCCCAAGAUGGACCAGCGAUCGGAGAAGUCGGUCUCUCAUUCAGGGAGCGAUCUCGAGAAGCAGGCCGCGCCGCCCAAGGAGGAAUUGCAGCGCAAGCUGUCGUCUCGACACUUGCAGUUCGUCGCCAUUGGUGGAACAGUAGGCACGGGUGUCUUCAUUGCUAGCGGAGGCUCAAUUGCUACCGCUGGCCCUGCUGGAGCGCUGCUGGCUUAUGUGUUUGUCGGUACCUUGGUCUACUCUGUCAUGCUCAGCUUGGCUGAAAUGGCUACCUACCUCCCUAUUUCCGGUGCCUUCACGCAGUAUGCUGCUCGAUUCGUCGACCCCUCGCUCGGUUUCUCCAUGGGAUGGAUCUACUGGUUUUCCUGGUCCAUCACAUACGCGCUCGAACUCACUGCCGCCGGUCUCAUCAUCCAAUGGUGGAACUCGGACCUCAGCAUUGGAAUCUUCAUCACCAUCUUCUGGGUCCCAAUCACGGCUGUGAACUUCCUCCCUGUCGACAUCUUUGGAGAGUUUGAGUUUUGGUUUGCUCUCAUCAAAGUUGUGGCUCUGGUCGGCUUCUGGAUUUACGCCAUCUGCAUGAACGCUGGUGUCGGUAACCAAGGCUACAUUGGCUUCAAGUACUGGGACUCGCCUGGCGCUUUUGCCCCCUACCUUGCUGAUGGAGCUGUUGCCAAGUUUGUUGGCUUCUGGGCUGUCCUCAUCCAGGCUGGUUUUGCCUUCCAGGGUACCGAGCUCUGCGCUAUUGGUGCAGGAGAGUCGGCCAACCCGCGUGUGACCAUGCCUCGAGCCAUUCGCAAGACCUUCUGGAGCAUCUUCAUCCUUUUCGUCUUUACCAUUUUCUUUGUCGGCAUCUUGGUUCCAUACGACAACGAAGCCCUUCAGAUUGGUGACACCAACGCUGGCUCCUCGCCCAUGGUCAUCGCCUUCCAGCUCGCCGGUGUAUCCGCCCUUCCCGACAUCUUCAACGCCAUUCUGCUCACUGUCGUCCUUUCCGCUGCUAGCUCCAAUGUUUACUCCGGAAGCCGUAUUCUCGUUGGUCUUGCCGAGGAGAAGUGUGCACCCGCAUUCCUCAAAGCCACUAGCAAACGCGGAGUCCCAUACUGGGCUACUGCCGUCACAGGCGCCAUGGGUCUACUAGCCUACAUGAACCUCAGCUCCAACGGUGAGCAGGCCUUCAACUGGCUCCUCAACAUCGUCUCGGUUGCCGGUUUCAUCGCCUGGACAUGUGUCUUGAUCUGCCACAUCGCCUUUAUGCGCGCCCUCAAGGCCCAGAACAUUGACCGCGACACCCUUCCAUUCAAGUCGUGGGGAGGCCGUCCUCUUGCCAUCUACGGUGUUACCUUCUGUGCCAUCAUCACCAUCACUCAAGGUUUCACAGCUUUCGUUCCCUGGAGCACUGAGGACUUCUUCAUCGCAUACAUCAGUCUAAUCCUCUUCGCUGUUCUCUACAUCGGCCACAAGGUCACCACCAGGAGCAAGUUCAUCAAGCCCGCCGAGGCCGAUCUCCUCACCGGAAAGUUUGAAGACGAGCUGUCUGAGACGUGGGAAGAGCACUCGGCAAGUGGAUGGAAGAAGAUUGUCAACAAAUUCCUCUAAGUUAAACAUGUGUCAACGCAUGACCCGCAUUGUUCAGAUUGAACAAACAAAAAAGUGUUCGCAUAGCGCAACGUUUAGGGGAGCAUGGAUGCAUUGCAUGGCGUUGAGUUUUCUUUUCUUUUCUUCAUCAUCAUUCGAUCGGCAGAUACCAAUGUUAAUGUCUUACCUC